AUGUGCACCGAAUUCCCAUUCGUGCUCUUGGUCCGCCGUGUGGUGGAACAAACCGGGACGACGCACGGGGUCAUGGUGGCCCACUGCCCGCUGGCCGACGCCUUGGCCUCGUCGGUUGGCGAAGGCUGGGUAUACCCGCUUGGACGCAACAUUCAUGCCCUACGGCUCGAAUGGACGCUGGACAAGCCCGUCCAGGCAAUGUCGUCGGGCAUCCAUGGCGGUGGCUCGGUGAGCGGGCUGUCCUCGCGUGGACAUGCUUGGACGCCCCGCGUGUAG